AUGCCUGCAACUGCCAACAUCACCAAAGCCGAGCAGCUCGAACCGACUCAUCCAACUGUUGAAGGACCCGUCAUCGAACGUCCCGCCGUCGUGGGAAAGUGCGACAAUAUGUGUGUUUCUGUCAUCACCACCCGACCACACAGUAGAUCUUCGAUUAGACACAACAGCGAGCAAGAUACCAUAAUCUACGCCGUCUCUGGUAACGGCACUCUAGUCGUCAGCGAGGCCGUCAAUUCAGAACUCAAACAUCACGAGCUGGCUCCUGGAGACUUUGCCUUUGUACCUGCAUGGAUUGAACAUCAGAUCAAAAAUGAAUCCGAUGAAGACUUCCAGUUACUCAUGAUUCAAAACGGACCGUCUCCGAUUCGGGCAGACUUGUCUGAAUGGGGUGGCAAUGUCAUUAAAACAAAGAAUUAG